AUGGCUGACGAUAAGAGAUGGUGCAGAGGGCCAGAUUUCCUGUGGAAAGGAGAGGAAGAAUGGCCAAGGCAGGUGAUGGAAUCACUUGAUGUGUCUGGAGCAACUGUUAGUGAAGUAGCCAUGGGUGAAGAGAAGAAAGAGGCGAAUAGCGCAGUAGCCCAAGUGAGUACACCAGUUCUACCAGCCGCAUCAUUUUCCAGCUGGACCAGAUACCGAAGAAUGGUGGCCUGGAUGCUGUGCUUUGCCAAGAAACUACCCAAGAGGAAAGAUGGGAUGCGAUCAUUUACCCCUGAUGAGUUGAGACAAGCUGAGAUUGGGAUUUUGAGAGAUGCUCAGAGACAAGUCUUCAAGUCUGAGAUGUUGAGUGUACAGAAAAGUGAAGAACCCUUCCGUGGAAGUCUGAGAGAUCUAUGUCCCAUGAUUGAUGACGAUGGCCUGUUGAGAGUUGGUGGGAGAUUGGAGAAGUCAGAUCUGCCCUAUGACGCUCAACACCCAAUCAUACUGCCCAAGAAUCAUCCUGUGACCACGUUGAUCAUCCGAUCAUUCCAUUUGUUGGCAUACCAUGUGCGUGGAGUGAAUGGACUGCUUGCCGAUAUCAGGACGAGAUAUUGGCCGGUGAAUGGGCGAGAGGCUGUGAAGAAGUACGAGCUCACAUGUGUCAAGUGUAAGGAACGAAAGAAGAAAUUGUACCAGCAAAAGAUGGCGUCACUACCUGGUCUGAGGGUCAAGAUUCCAAUCCGAGCGUUUGCCCACUGUGGAGUUGAUUAUGGCGGGCCAUAUCUUGUCAAGGUGACCAGGAAGAUGAGGGACAAACGAUACUUGUGUUUGUUUACCUGUUUGGCGUCUCGAGCGGUACACCUGGAGGUGGCUUUUGGAUUGGAUACCGCCAGCUUUCUGAAUGCGCUGAAUAGGAUGACAGCCAGACGAGGGCGCCCUCAGGUCAUGGUCUCUGAUAAUGGAACAAACUUCCGGAGCGCUGACAGAGAAUUAAGAGAACUGGUAAAUGAACUUGACCAAGAACGCAUCACCAAUCAUCUUGCAGAGAAAGGUAUUGAAUGGCGGUUCAAUCCUCCCUUAGGAGCCCAUCAUGGAGGCGUCUUUGAGAUCAUGAUAAAAGCUGCAAAGAAAGGGCUCAAGGCAAUCCUGGGAGAGGCAGUGGUGAAUGAUGAGGAGUUUUCAACAGCUGUGGCAGAGGUAGAAGGUCUUCUGAAUGCCCGACCUAUCACCUACUGUGGCCAAGAUCCGAAAGAUGAGAAUGUGUUGACCCCGAACCACUUUUUGAUUGGACAAGCCGGGGGACAACUUGCUCCAGAAGUCACAGAUGAGAUCGCUUUCCAUCCAAGAAAUAGGUGGCGUUAUGUACAGGACUUGGUGAAGAAAGUGUGGAUUCGAUGGCAAAAAGAAUUCCUGUCCUUACUGCACAACAGACCAAAGUGGUUCAGAGUUGAAGAAGACAUUAAACCUGGAGACAUAGUGUUGAUGGCUGAUCCAGCAAACCCGCGCGGGAGAUGGCCAUUGGGACGAAUUCUAGAGGUCUUCCCGGGAUCUGAUGGCAGGGUCAGAGUUGUUCAAGUCUUUUCAAGAGGAAAAGAAUGGCGACGACCAGUGAGCAAGCUAGUGCAGAUUUUGUCUGCAGACGAAGACGCGAGAAGACCGAUUUCGGAUGAUCGAAACCAGAAGAUGACAUCAUUGGCAGACAUUGGCGAUGAUGAAGACGAAGAGUAG